GUUCUCAACUUAUCCUUGACUUGUCCUCCUUGAAAGUAAUCGAAUUGACUAGUGUCACAUUCAGGAAACGACCCCCUUCAUUCUGGCAGACUUGUUCUCCAAUAUCAUCACAAUCAAAUCUCAACAGUCUGCUGUACACGCUGGCCAGAUCAUCUCCCUCUCACCGACUGUUUUUCUCUUAGCACGCUCACCUCCUUCGUCAUGGGAAACUGCGUAUCAGCACAGGACAGAGAAGAGAAGGCUAGGUCAGAUGCUAUCGACCGUCAGAUAGAAGAGGACUCUAGGAAGUUUAGGAAGGAGUGUAAGAUACUUCUUCUCGGGUCCGGCGAAUCCGGAAAGUCGACAAUAGUCAAACAAAUGAAAAUCAUCCAUCAGAAUGGCUUCACCAAGAACGAACUCAUGACGUUCCGCCCAACAAUAUAUCGCAAUACCCUCGACUCGGCGCAAGCCAUUGUCCUCCAGAUGCGCAAUAUGAAUGUAGAAUGUGUAACGCCUGCCAACCGGACAUAUGCCGAACGCAUCGUCGAAUACAGGGUUGAAAGCACUCCCAAUUUCGUCUUCUCGGCUGACAUUGCACAAGCAAUCCACGAACUAUGGCAAGAUCCCAUUAUUCCCAAGGUCAUGGACUGUUCGAGUGCGUUCUAUCUUAUGGACUCAGCUAGCUAUUUCUUUACGGAAGUGCUCCGUAUAGGCACUCCCGACUACACACCGACAGAAAAUGAUGUACUGCGAGCUCGAGCGAAGACGACCGGCAUCACUGAAACGCGGUUCAACAUGGGACAGCUUUCGAUUCACAUGUUCGACGUCGGCGGCCAGCGCUCGGAACGCAAGAAAUGGAUACAUUGUUUCGAAUCCGUCACCAGCAUCAUUUUCUGCACAGCAUUGUCCGAGUACGACCAAGUACUAUUAGAAGAGAAGAACCAGAAUCGCAUGGCCGAGUCAUUAAUCCUAUUCGAGUCUGUCAUCAACUCCCGCUGGUUUCUGCGGACUUCUAUCAUAUUAUUUUUGAACAAGAUAGACGUCUUCAAGAACAAGCUACCGAAGGUACCGAUUGAGAAGUACUUCCCGGAAUAUACAGGCGGCGCAGACAUCAACAAAGCGGCAAAAUAUAUUCUAUGGAAGUUCAUGCAAGCCAACCGGGCGCGUUUGAGUGUUUACCCUCACUUGACACAAGCUACCGAUACGACGAAUAUCCGGCUCGUAUUUGCCGCGGUCAAGGAGACGAUACUACAGAACGCUCUCAAAGACUCGGGCAUUCUGUGACGUCUUCCUUUCCUGGUUUCUUGUUCUUAUCUAUCCGUAUGCGCCUCCAUACCCCAUUGGUUAAUCUGUAUUAACGAGGGUGCAGCUCGCAUAUAUAUCUGGAAUGCCUGGUUAUUCUCUAGCAUGUUAUCAUCCUAUCUAGCAUACCAUCAAUUAUUCAUCAUUACCCUGGCUGUCCGCGAGAUUGAUCUGCAUGCGCCUUUUCGCCUGUGCUACAUUCUGCACAGCGUUUGCUUGAUCUUGAUUUUAACUUGCUAUAGCGGUUGCGGAUAUUGGCAACCCUUCCCUUCGUGGGACUCUUUGUAUACGCUGAUACGUCCGAGGAUCAUCGGGGUGCACAAAAGCUCUUGUACAUAUAACCUGUAGUGCUGCAAUACUAUGUAUGAUCAUGCCAGGCA